CGCGAACCAACCACAUGUUAUAUAUCCACCGACCGAGGGAGGAAACCGAAGUGUCACGAACGUUGCCUAAGGGCAAGCAGUUCCAUGGUACCUAUUGAAGGCCGGGAUUGAGGAUAACAGCGCGUAUUCGGCACAGCACCCUCGAGGACAAAGCCUUUCAAGAGAGCCAGCGGUCCCGCUUUCCAAGAGGCUUUGGGGCCAUAAUGGAGGACUUCAACACAGAGUCUGACAGUGACUAUACGAGCUUCUGGAGAGAUUGGUUUAUAUCGUCUCGAGGAAAUGAAUACUUUUGCGAAAUCGACGAAGAAUAUCUUACCGAUCGUUUCAACUUGACGGGAUUGAACACCGAAGUGGAUUUCUAUCAAUAUGCCUUGGAUCUAGUCACGGAUGUGUUCGACUUGGACGCCGACGACGAGACUAGAGAACAGAUUGAGAAGAACGCGAGACAUCUGUACGGCAUGGUGCAUGCUCGAUACAUAGUCACGACCCGUGGAUUAGCAAAAAUGCUAGAGAAAUAUAAAAGAGCAGACUUCGGGAAAUGCCCACGAGUUAUGUGUGAGCAACACCCGCUUCUCCCAAUGGGCCUCACCGACGUUGCUGGCGUGAAGCCGGUUAAGCUAUACUGCGCCAAGUGCGAGGAUUUAUACAACCCCAAGUCGUCCCGCCAUGCUUCCAUCGACGGUGCCUAUUUUGGAACUUCCUUUCACAAUAUACUCUUUCAGGUUUACCCGUGUUUAAUACCGGAGAAGUCCCUGCGGCGAUACGAGCCCAAAGUAUUUGGAUUCCGGGUUCAUGCCAGUGCUGCAUUGGCGAGGUGGCAGGAUAGAAAGAGGGAUGAGAUGAAGGAGAGGCUAAAAAGAAUUGGGAUGGAAACUCAAUUCAUCGAGGAUAAAGAAGAAGACGACGAUGACGAUGACGAUGAUGAUAUUGGGGAUGAGGGCAUGGCGCUGGGUGCUCGAAGAGGGAAAACCGCUGGGGAUGAUAGCCGGAUGGACAUCGGCGCAUAAUAUUGAAAAAUAUGCUUUUGAUGAAGGAUGAAUUUUGUUUUUCAAAUUCAUGGAGAGGAGCAUGGAUCCAAUUGGGCGUUGGGUGAAGGUCAGUCUCUUUUUACAGCCUGCAAAAGCCCCCUUUUAAUAUUUGUCUGGUUGGGAAAAAGCAACCUGGAGUUAUCUUUGAGAGACAUUUUGUGUGCCUGUGUCCCUUGUCAUAUGUGCAUGGUUCGUUAUCCAGCGUGUUCAUAAUGAUUCUUCAUAUUGUCAAGAUGACAAUCCACCGCUACAUGUUCAAACCUGCCUCCCUAAUCUGUUCAAGGCUUUUUCUUUUCUUCUUUUCUUUUUUUUUUCCCCCCCUAUUCUCCCAAAUCAGGCGUGUCAGCGAUCCUGAUCACGUACUUGAAACCACUUACUUUACCCUCCUUCAAAUUAUUUAACGCAUUCUCAAGGCCCUCCAACCCCUUCUCCACCAACCGAUAUUGAUGACCUCUAAACCAACCCUGCGCCAAUCCAUGCCCAAAGAACCUAAAAAACACCAGCCCAAACUCCUUAUCCCCGAUUGGGCCUACUUUCUCCAUAGGCUGAAACACAUUCCCAUCCUCAUGCACAGUAGCUACAUACACAGGACUCGGCUUCACAUCAACGGGCAUAUUGUACUCCAUCCCUGGCUGCACCACCACAAUCUUCCCCUUCUCUGGAUCCAGCACAUGCCCAAUGUUCACGUAGCUGUUAUGCUCGCUCGUCGCGUCAAACGCGUAUUCGAUCUUUUUACCGCCCAGAGCCUUAGUGAAUGCAGUCACGACAGCCUUAUCGCCGGUGCGGUAGUCGAUUACAAUGUCGCCUUUGGAUUUGUCGAGGAGAGCCUCGACUUGCGGGAUACCCUUGCCUGCGACGGUUAUGAUGGGAUGGAUGUUGGAGAGCUUGGCGAGUUUGAUGACGAAGGAGCCGACAGUGGAGGCGCCGCCGUAAACGAUCAGAGGGGUGCGGGUGCGAGCUGGAUUCCAGGGGACCGGGAGGGCGAGGUCCUGAUAAAGACCAAGGGCAGCGGUCAUGGCGGCUAGGGGGAU